GUCUGGUUGCAUUGAGAGAGAAACUACUCUAGCAACACUGUACCGUCCACAUUUCUGUUCACAUGGGGAUUACUGGAAGAUUUUUACGGAGCCUGUUUGUGUACAAGUGGUUCAAAUGUCAGCUUCGGACGUACCAAAAAGGCUACAGGCUUGAGUUGUCACACGGAAACAGGCAGCGCCCAAGCAUGCAGUACCGAGAUGCCUAUGCGUUCUUUGUUUUUCUUGUCUUCAUCAUGAUCAUCUUCAACUAUAAGGACUAUACGGAACGUCUCAAAACCACAUCCAAGCCUUUCACACCAGCUAAGAGAUCCCCCCUUCUCUCAAACAUUACGCUGAUUCAGAAGCUCAACAGAUCUCUGACACUGGAGCAGAGCGAUAGGGUCGCUCAGUGCAUCACUUCCGCUCAGAACACCAGAACUACAACCCCCGACCAUGUUAUGGACUCAGAAGCCUUUUUGAACGCUCACUCCUACCUCAAUUCAAAUAGUCUCAUCAUUGACCUUGGCGGAAAGUCUGCGGAGGAACUGAUAAAGAGAUACAAGCCACGCCUCACCGUGAUCUUAGAACCAGUUCCAUAUUUCUACCAACAGCUUGUCAAAAAAUUCACUGGCAUUCCAAACGUUGUGAUUUUUAAUUUCGGUCUCGCAGCAAGAAAUGAUGUAUACAAAGUCAAAAUGGAGGCGCAUCCAGACAUGUCCACAGACGGUGAUAGAAAUGUUGUCGUGAAAGUCGUCAACGCCAGAGAUUUCUUUGUGGAAAUGGGUGUUGGGUUUUUCGAUGUAGAUUUAUUGAAUAUGGACUGUGGUGGAUGCGAGUAUGACGUUUUGGAUGUCAUAUUAUCAUCCACACUCGUCAAGCACUUUAAAAACAUUGAAUUUCAACCACAUCCGAAAAAAUCUAUCUACGACUCCGUUCGAAGAUACUGUCAAUAUGAAGAAUUACUCAAAGACACCCAUCAGAAUGUCUUCAAUCACAAACUUGUCAAGGAGGGCUGGUCUCGUGCAGACCUUCAAAACUGAAUCAUUUCGGCAGACAUUUGUGUGUGAUCAAAAUGUACUUACAAGAUUCCGUUUAUAGACAUGUACAUUGUAUAUUAUUUUUUAACUUUGAAAUCUGAUUUUAGACCAUCCUUUAAAAACUGUUUGUUUACAGUGUCCUUACUCAUAUUUUUUUCAUUGAGUAGGUAGUUAGUUAGUUUUUAUUUACAAGUCUCAUAUUUCUAUAUCAAAACCCUUAGUUUCAGUGGUUUUUCAGCAAGAAAGAUUUUUAUUUUACCAAAAGUUCACCAAAAAAGUUUGAGUAAGUAUGUGAGUUGAUCGGGAAACUGCAAACAAACAAUUAUUUGAGGACGGCCUUAGAAAUAAUUUCUUAAUUUCUAAGCCACCCACAGAUAGAUGUAUACAUUAUAAACUUACUUUUUUUUAAAUCUCUAAGUUGAAGCAUAACUUCGAUUUUUGUUAAGUCUUUUCAAAUACAUUGUAUAAUUGACAUAUUAUACCUUAAUUUAAUGAGGAUUACAAUAAUUCUUUUAAAUAUUCGGUCCAUUUAGAUAUUGAUAUUAUUUAGUUUCUAGAGAUACAAUCAAAGUCUUAUAAAUUCAGCCAAUACUAAUUAACUCAGUCACCCCUGAAGACACAUUUGAACUCUUCCAAUUCAAUUGUUGGGAUAGUUCAUUAUGAAAUUUCAGGGAUAAAUGAGUGAAUUGUAACACAGUUGUCCCAUUAUUCAGUCUGUGUUUAGACGAGCAGAUACAUGUAUAGCUCUUUUCCUGUUGAAAAUUGUCCUACAGUAUUCCAGGUAUUUCACAAUGCAGCCUCUUUCAUUUUGAAGGAAGGUGGCUCCAUUAAAAAAUCUCCAUCAACUGUCUACUGAUGAUUGAUACUGUGUGCCGGGAAAAGUUUGCUGAAGUUUAUUUUUCUGCGUUUUUUGCCCUCCGUAAUAACAGUGAACAUUUGUAGACAACUUAAAUACAUUGUAAUUUAAAUAUGAAGGGCAAAUUUGAUAUUGGGCAAAACAUUAUUUUCCAUCGAAUGGUGAAAAUUUGACUGAGCAGAAAUUUCCCCGUAUACAUAAGUAAUAUAUUCCUGUAUACUACGUAGAUACUGCCUGUACCAGCACUUAAAAAACUUAAUUCCUCAACCACAAUUUUGUGUAGGAGUCAUUAAGUGUUUGCUUAAUUGCGAUAAAUCCUUAUGUCUGUCCUUUCGACAUCUUGGUAAGUCUUCACAUUUAGCUUCAAUUCUCUAAUACUAGAAGUCCAACAAUAAUCAAACGUCAUAUCUGGAUACAUGUUUAGGAGAACUACACCAAUAAAUAAAAUAUAGGUCACUGUGACCUAUAUUUUCUGCUUUAGUGACUUUCAUCAGACUUUGCAUUUAGCUUCAUUUCUUGGUCAGAAUUUGUGUUCAGCUCCAUUUCCAUCAUAAAGGGAGCAUCUGCAAAUUCAUCCUCGAUAUCCAGGGGUUACAUCAUCCUCGGUAUCCAGGGGUUACGUCAUCCUCGGUAUCCAGGGAUUAC